CCAUCCAGGAGCGCCCUCCUCUGCACCUGACCUGCCAUGCCCCCGCCUCCCGCUCCCGCUCCCGCCGUCCCAUCGGUGGUCUCCUCGGGCCGUGGCACCGACCUUGGUCCCCGCGCCUUACGGCGAGCUCCUGCCCCGCGCUCAAGCCCUCCUGCAACCCGUCCCGUCCGACCUCUCGACCGUGAUACGCUCCGCGGCACGCCUCUUGCCGCCUCCGCCUCCCGCUUCGGAGCGCCGCCGUCCUCCGCCGCCGCUUGGAGGAGAGCCCCCUCUGCCCUCCUUCCGCGGCCACGCGCCGACGUGCCUCUGCGUACCCGUUCCUCGGCCGCGGGUGUCUGCUACGUGUUCGACCAAAUGCUUCAGUGCCCGUUUCCCCUUUCUCCUACAGUAUUUUACAACUUCCAGAAAAUCGCGAUCCUGCGCUACUACGCCCCGUAGCAAUUCCACCCGCACUCAUUUGACCUGGGCUAGCUUCAUCGCUCAAAGAAAGGGACGUUUUAGUGUAGCACUUUGUCAUCUCUAUACCUGCAAACCUUAUCAACGGCACAUUUAUUUAAUAGUGGAGUGUUCAGAAUGCUUAGUCCCCAUGGCAUGUUUGUGUAUGCCAGCUCUGUUUUCAAACUGAGAAUGCUGCAGCCUUCAGACUGCACGGGCCAUUGAAGGGUCAUUGUUCAUCUUUACUUCAAGGUCUAACUUUCAAUAGCAUUAAACUCUGCAAAUAUGACCAGCUUCAAACGGCUGCUCACUUGUGGUGAGAGCACUGCAUUGCUGGGGGAUUUGUUUAUCCUUAUUUUCUACAAGUGCAAUCACAACUUUUGUUGCCUUCAAUUCAAUGUACGGUUACUCUGGUAUGGCGGUUGUGUCUCCAGGAUCUUAGCAGCCACGCCAUCUGGUCCUUUCGUUGGGAACUUUCAACUGGUGAGCUUAUGGCCCAAGCAUCUGAUGUACAUCUGCCACAAACUAUUGGUCACACGGCUACUACGGUCAACCUCAUCGUCACCGUCGUCUUCAGUCUCAGUAUCUGAUUCGCCAUCAGACAUCCAGGACUCCUUCUUUUUGGGCCGACCCAGAGGUAACAGCGACAAUACUUCCAGGUUCUUGGUUUCACGAAGCAAGACGGCGACAGACCGGACGGCAUGGCCCUCGCGCAGGCAGCCUUUGAGGCCCAGCUGCCUGAGAGGUAGCCCCCGUACGGCAUCUGCGAACACGCUGCUGUGGUAAGCCAUUGAUGGGCGUAAGGAAAGGUGGAGAUGCGCCAGCUCGGUGCACUGGCUGAUGAGUCCUGUGACUGGAGCAACCUCAGCUGAUUUCCUUUUGGAGAGGUCUUCACAGAUUUCUAUCGUCAGCGCCAUGAUUCCUUUGUAGUUUGCAACAUCGAAGAGCGACUCGAGGGGAAUGCCGCCUUUGUAGUGCAGUGAUUUCAGGCGCGAGCUGUGCAGCUUGACGUGGCUGGCAUGGUGGCAGCAGAUCAUGGUGAACCUCCGCAAGUGUGCGCUCUUCACUGAGAUCUCAGUGAUGCUCGGGAGCUCUUGCAG